AUGGCAAGUGAAACAAGUAUUCCCCCGCAAGCUGUGGAGGUGUACACCAAAGGUACCAAGGCCUGGUUCGAGGAUAAGCGUGAAGCAUGGAUCUCUGCCACUUGUAUCUCCAACACGGUAUCCGACGGCAAAGUGAUCAUUGUGUUUGAAGGCGAUAACGACCGCAAGGAAUAUCGAUUCGAAUCUACCGUGGCAGCUAUUGAAAAGAAUGGAGGAUCAACAUUGCCGCCCUUACGCAAUCCACCAAAGAUGGAAUACACUGAUGAUUUGACCAAUCUUAGCCAUCUCAACGAACCUGCUGUCUUGAACACUAUCCGCACGAGAUACAUGCAGCGCCUUAUUUAUACAUACUCGGGUAUCGUUUUGAUUGCUGUCAACCCUUUUGAUCGCGUGGCCCUGUAUGAUCCCGACAUCGUCCAACAAUAUUCGGGGAAACGCCGUGGCGAGCUUGAACCACACUUGUUUGCGAUCGCUGAAGAUGCUUAUCGAUGCAUGAUCCGUGGACAAACGAACCAGACCAUUGUUGUAUCAGGAGAAAGUGGUGCAGGCAAAACGGUCAGCGCAAAGUACAUCAUGAGAUAUUUUGCCACUGCCGAUGAUCAAGAAUCCAUUGGAAAGAAGAAAAAGCUCAAUGGCUCAAUGACAGAAGUCGAGGAACAGAUCCUAGCAACCAACCCUAUCAUGGAAGCUUUUGGUAACGCCAAAACGACAAGAAACGACAACAGCUCUCGCUUUGGCAAAUACAUCGAGAUCCAAUUUGAUGAUGGCCCCAAUAUCAUCGGUGCAAAGAUUCGAACCUACUUGCUUGAGCGAUCUCGCUUGAUUUUCCAACCACAAACAGAACGCAAUUAUCACAUCUUUUAUCAGCUUUGUGCGGGUGCACCAUUAUCAGAAAAGAAGCAAUUCGAGCUUGGUGAUUACACCAAAUUCCAUUAUCUCAAUCAGAGCGGCACAGGAACAAUUCCCGGUGUCGAUGAUACGUCCGAAUUCGAGAUCACACAACGAGCGUUAUCCACCAUUGGUCUUUCAGUGGAGCUUCAAUGGAAAAUCUUCCGUUUGCUUGCUGCAUUACUUCAUAUUGGCAACAUCCAAAUUGGCGGUCGGGGUGAUGCCAUGCUCAGCGAGAACGAUGAGGCUCUUUUGACAGCAACCCGAUUGAUGGGGGUGAAAUCCAGCGAAUUCAGAAAGUGGAUUGUGCGAAAGCAAAUUGUGACACGCUCAGAAAAGAUUAUCACCAACCUGACGCCAGCUCAAGCAAAUGUUGUCAAGGAUUCGGUUGCCAAAUACGUUUAUGCCAAUCUCUUUGAAUGGCUUGUUGGCGUGAUCAAUGAGAGCCUUUCAUGCCCUGAUGCUGACAAAGUCCGGACAUUCAUUGGUGUUCUUGAUAUCUAUGGGUUUGAGCACUUUAAGAAGAACUCCUUUGAGCAAUUCUGCAUCAACUAUGCCAAUGAAAAAUUACAACAGCAGUUCAAUCAACAUGUCUUCAAGCUUGAGCAAGAGGAGUACAUGCGAGAAAAGAUCAAUUGGAGGUUUAUUGAGUUCAGCGACAACCAAAAGUGCAUUGAGUUGAUUGAAUCACGAUUGGGUAUUUUGUCCCUGCUUGAUGAGGAAUCACGAUUGCCUUCAGGCUCGGAUCAAGGCUUUAUCGACAAACUAUAUUCCAAUUUCUCGACCCCUGAUUACAAGGACUAUUUCAAGAAACCACGCUUCUCCAAUAGUGCUUUCACUAUCGCUCAUUACGCUCAUGAUGUGCAAUACGAAGGUGAAAACUUUUUGGACAAGAACAAGGACACAGUACCAGACGAGCACCUAUCAUUGUUGCAGACAUCUGAAUUCGACUUUUUGGUUGAUGUGCUCGAGAAAGCCGCGUCAAACAACCCAGCUCCCCCAGUUGAGAACAAGCGGAUGAGUUCAAUGUUCCGAAAGCCUACUCUUGGCUCUAUCUUCAAGCUGUCUUUGAUCAAUCUUAUGGAUACGAUUGAGCACACCAAUGUCCAUUACAUCCGCUGUGUCAAACCCAACGAGGCGAAGCUGGCUUGGGAAUUCGAGCCCAACAUGGUACUCUCUCAGCUACGUGCAUGUGGUGUAUUGGAGACAAUCCGUAUCAGCUGUGCAGGCUAUCCAUCACGUUGGACAUUUGAAGAAUUUGCCGAACGCUAUUACGCUUUGAUACCUUCUAAGCUUUGGAAGCAAGAUGACAUUCCCCAACUAUGUCAUACGAUUCUCGAUGCUACUAUUAAGGACCAAGACAAGUACCAAGUUGGCACUACCAAAAUCUUUUUCCGCUCUGGUCAGCUUGCAUACCUUGAAAAACUGAGAUCGGAUCGUUUCAAUGCAUGUGCUGUCAUCGUGCAAAAGAAUGUGCGUCGUUACAUUUAUCACACCCGAUACACACGCAUGCGGCAAUUGUCCAUCCAAUUACAGCGUGUGGCGCGUUGCAAGGUCGCUCAAGCAAAGCUGCAAUCUCUCCGGGAACAAAGGGCAGCUACUACUAUCCAAGCGUGUUGGCGUAGAUACGUGGAGCGUAAAAAGUAUUUGGCAACGAAGCAUUUCAUUUUGCGUCUCCAAACAGCCAUCCGGGGUUGCCAUGGCAAACAACAACUUGUUGUUGUUAGGGAGCAUGCUGCUGCAACCAAUAUUCAACGUCUAGUGCGAGGAUGGUCUGCACGGAAGCGAUUCAAUGCCAAGCUUCGGUUCAUCAUUCAAUUACAAGCAUGCACACGUCGUCGCGCUGGUAGAAAGCAAUUUUUGGCCUUACGUCAAGAAGCUCGAUCAGCACAUCAUUUCAAAGAAGUGUCCUAUCAAUUGGAGAAUAAGAUUGUUGAGCUGACACAAACGAUCACGGGUCUCAAAGAUGAAAAGAAGCAGGCGAUUGAGCGUUCGACCCAAUUGGAGGCACAAGUGCGCACGUGGAUGGAGAAAUAUGAAAAGAUCGAGAAGAAGUCAAAGUCGUUGGAAGCCAAAUUGCAGGAGCCUACCGUACCACAGGCACAAUGGGAUCAGCUAUUAGCCGAGAAAGAGCAACUGGUUUCUGAGCAUCGAGUUUCGACCGAUAAGAACAAGAGCCAGGAGCGUGAACUCGUUCAAUUGAAGGAGCAACUUGACAAGGAGAGGCAAAAGAAUGCAAAGUUGGAAGAGUCCUUGAAGGAAGCACAAGAGCGUGCUGAUAAAGCAGCAGCUGACGAAGGAGAGAUCGCUGAGUUGAAGAGUCAAUUGGCAGCAAUGAAAGCACAGCUGACUCAAGUUAUGCAUGCUCCACGACGACAACAAUCACGCGGCUUAUCACCAUCACCCGCACACAAUGGUGCUCUUCGUAGUGUAUCUCCUUCUCCUAUCGAUGCCAACAACGAGAAUCAGCAAGCCAAAGCGGCCAACACCAAAUCGGCUACUGCUGCUGCCUCAGCACCCACACCACCUCCACCAGCUCGUACCCGUUCACCUACAGCCAUUAUUCCUAGCAAUGAUAAUACCAAGCUUCCAAGUCGCCGUAGCAGCACCGCUGAUAUGCCUGAAAACCGUAUCAAAUCAAGCGUGGUGGAUACUACUCGAAAGGCGGAAUUGCUGAACAAGAUCCCACGUCCAACUUCAAUGCAUCAAUUUGGUGCUCCUGCAAGAGUUAAAAGUAUAUCGGAAGGCAAUGAUGAAGAAAAAUUGAAGAUCUUACGUGAUGAAGAUGGCGUACAAGAAGAGAUACUUGGUGGAUUGAUCAAGGAAUUGAGGAUUCCGUUGGCAAGCUUACAAAACCAAGCAUCAAAGAAAGAGAUCUUGUUCCCCGCCCAUAUGAUUGGAAUGACGGUGACGGAGAUGUGGCGUGCUAGCCGUAUUCAAGAAUCUGAGCGGAUGCUAUUUUCGAUUAUGGAUACGAUCCAAAAACAAUGCCUAAAUUUUACGGGUGAUCAAGCUAUCAUGCCUUGUGGAUUUUGGUUAUCCAAUGUCCAUGAGUUAUUAUCUGUCAUAUGCCAAUCCGAGCGAGAGCUUGAGCAAGAAUGGCUUUCACGCAACAAGGCAGCAACAUGGCAUGAUUUCGAGAAAUUGGUCUCCACUGUCAAAUUUGAACUUCAGUGUUUGGAAGACAACAUUUUCCAUGCAUGGAUGAAAGAGCUCAAGAAACGCAUCAGCAAGAUGGUGGUCCCUGCUAUUAUCGAGGGUCAAUCUCUGCCGGGUUUUGUUACUUCGGAUUCGAAUCGAUUCUUUAACAAGUUGUUGACCGGUUCUUCACAACCAUCAUGUACCAUGGAUGAUAUUCUCAACAUACUCACAAAAGUAUGGCGUACAUUGAAAUGCUACUAUUUGGAACCAUCGAUAUCCUCCCAGGUUUUGACAGAAUUGCUCAAGCUCAUUGGUGUCACAGCCUUCAAUGAUCUCCUGAUGCGUAAAAACUUUUCAUCGUGGAAGCGAGCCAUGCAGAUUCAAUACAACGUUACCCGCAUUGAAGAAUGGUGCAAGAGCCACGAUAUACCAGAAGGAACACUUCAAUUAGAGCACCUAAUGCAAGCAACCAAGCUAUUACAAGUCAAAAAGUCAUCCUUGGAGGACGUUGAGCAAAUUUAUGAAACCUGUUGGAUCCUUUCACCGACACAGAUACAAAAGUUUAUCUCCCAAUAUCAAGUUGCUGAUUAUGAGAAUCCCGUUGGACAAGAUAUAUUAAAAGCAGUUGCUACGCAUGUCGCUGGUGACAAGAGCGAUGUUCUUUUAUUGGAUUCAGUUUCCCUUGAUGAUACAAGCAAUCCUUUCGAGAUACCAGUCCCUCGAGAAGUAGAAUCUCAAUUUUAUCUACCUGCUUGGCUCAAUCUCAAGCGUUUACGCCAACUUGCUCUCUUGGUACAAUACCAGUAUGACCAACAGCAUGCUGUGGACGCCACUGCUGUUGCUUCACCAUAG